AUGGCAAACCGAGGAUACGAUGUGGUAGUUGAUGUGGAUGCCGAGGGAGAUCUCGGCCAUACCGACCUGCAAGAAGACCUUGAAUUCCACUCGUCCAACUUUGAGACCCAACCCUCGACCCGUGGCAAGCUUCCUUCAGGCAACAACUCGUUCCUUCCCACCAGCAACAGCAACUCAGGUGGAAAUAGCAAACACUAUCUCUGGAGCAUCUCCUUUUACGCCCAAUUCUUCGAUGUCGACACUUCUGAAGUCGCUCGCCGCUGCCGUGCUGCUAUCUUCCCUCUCUCAAACUUCCUCGAUGUCCUAGAUGGAAACCCCGAUCUUUACGGCCCCUUUUGGAUCGCUACCACCGUAGUCGUUAUCCUCUUCCUGACAGGCACAAUCUCGCAAUAUCUGGCAAAAGAGGGAAAGAAACACUUUAUCUACGAUUUCACUCUGCUCUCUGGCGCUGCGGGUCUGAUUUAUGGAUACACUUUCAUCAUUCCCAUUGCGCUUUGGGGUGCCCUGAAGUGGUUUAAAGCAGAGUCUGCCAAUUUGCUUGAGUGUGUCUGUCUGUAUGGCUAUGCCAACUUGAUCUGGAUCCCCGUCGCUCUGAUUUCUUGGUCACCAAUUUCAAUCUUGAACUGGGUCUUUGUCGCUAUCGGACUUGCCGCCUCAGUCGUCUUCCUGGUUAGAAAUUUGUAUCCUGUGCUGAGCGCCACCGAUGUCAAGACGAGCAAGAUCUUGUUGGUUGUCGUUGUGGCUUUGCACUUUGGUCUCGCCCUUGCCAUCAAAAUUUUGUUCUUUGCGUAA